AUGUAUGCUCAUGUUGCCAAAUUCAAUACUUUCAAACUAAUGCUUGCUCUUGCAGCUAUUUAUAAUUGGAUUGUACAUAUAAUUGAUAUUAACAAUGCCUUCCUUCACGACGACAUUGAGGAGACCAUUUACAUGAAGUUACCAAAAGGUUAUACUCCAAAAGGAGUUCUACCACCUCAGGCAGUUUGUUAUUUAGGUUCCAAGACUGCUACUACUCCUAUGGAGCCUAAUGUCAAACUCAGUAAAGACAAUGGUCAACCUGUCGAAGAACCUACUGCCUACAGGAGCCUCAUUGGCAAGAUGAUUUAUCUCACCAUCACUCGGUCCGAUAUCAACUAUGAUAUGCAGACUGGGGCAGCUAUGUUGACACAAGGAGAUCAAUCUCCGGAUAUUGUGUAUUCUUAG